CUUUUCGGCUUCGCCGCGCGCGCCUUGGUGACCCCGCCUCGAUUCCGUAGGAAGAAGCGCCGGGAAAGAUGGCGGCGGUUGUGGUUUGAAUUCCAGCGGCGCCGCCUGAGUCCGAACAAGAGCAGGGUUGGAGGGGGCGGGGACCUGGCGAUCCGGGUGGGUCGCGACAGCUGGGGAACCACUGGCGCCGCGGACACAGACACUAACGCCACCAUCUCCUUUAUGUCCACGAUGGACUCGGUGUUGGAAGAGGACGUCACCCUCCCGGGAACUCUCAGCUGCAGUGGCCUUGUUCCCAAUUUACCAGAUAACCUGGAUGGUGCUGGCUCCAUUGCUGGUUUGGGAAAUGGUGCGCUCCCAAGCGUGUCAGAAGAUACAGUGUCUCCCACCAGAGCGCGGAACAUGAAGGACUUUGAAAAUCAAAUCACUGAACUCAAGAAAGAAAACUUUAACCUAAAACUCCGCAUCUAUUUCCUCGAGGAAAGAAUGCAGCAGGAAUUCAAUUGCCCCACUGAUCUCAUCUAUAAAACUAACAUCGAGCUCAAGGUGGAGGUAGAAAGUCUGAAGCGGGAGCUCCAGGACAGAGAGAAGCUGCUCAUCAAAGCCUCCAAAGCCGUUGAGAGCCUCACUGUAGGGGGAGGCUCUGAGAUCCAGCGGGUGAAAGAAGAUGCGCAGAAGAAGGUGCAGCAGGUUGAAGAUGUGCUUAACAAAAGAAUAUUCCUUUUAGAAGAGGAUGUGAAAGCCGCCCAAGCUGAACUGGAAAAGGCCUUUGCGGGGACAGAAACGGAGAUGGCUCUUCGGUUGAGCUUGGAAAACAAGCUUUCGGAGAUGAAGAAGAUGCAUGAGGGGGACCUGGAGAUGGCUGCGGUCCUGGAAGAGAAGGACAGACUGAUUGAGGAGUUGAAGCUAUCUUUGAAGAGCAAAGAAGCUUUAAUUCAGUGCCUUCAAGAGGAGAAAUCUCAGAUGGCAUCUCCUGAUGAGAAUGUGUCAUCUGGAGAGCUCCGAGGACUUUCUGCUGCUUGGAGAGAAGAAAAGGAGAGAGAAGCUGAGGUCACGCACAAGGAAUGCCAGAAGGAGAGAAAUCGCUUUGAAGAGAGGAUCCAGGCCCUUCAGGAGGACCUGAGAGAGAAGGAAAGAGAAAUUGCUACAGAAAAGAAAAAUAGUUUAAAAAGAGAUAAAGCCAUUCAGGGUCUAACCAUGGCAUUAAAGUCAAAGGAAAAGGAGGUGGAAGAACUUAACUCUGAAGUCAAAGAGCUCAAUGCUGCCUUUGCUAAAGCCAGCGAGGCCCCGCAGAAAGCACAGGCCCAGAAAUUCCAGGGGUCUGAAGAUUAUGAGGCUGCCCUGUUAGAAAAGGCAGCCCUUUUAGCUGAGCUGCACUCAGAAAACUUCACCAAGAGUACAGAAAACCACAAGCUGCGUAGGAAUAUUAAGAAGGUCACCCAGGAGCUGAGCGACUUGCAGCAGGAGAGGGAGAGGCUAGAGAAGGACCUGGAGGCGGCCCGUGGAGAGAAGAGCCGAGGAGACGGCACCAUCCGCGACCUUCAACAUGAAGUUGAAAAAUUACGCAACGAAGUGAAUGAAAGAGAGAAGGCAGUGGAGCAUCGUUACAGAAGCCUUUUGAGUGAAAGUAAUAAAAAGCUACAAAACCAAGAGGAGGUGAUCAGACGCCUGACAAAAAGUGCCAGUCAGACAGACUUGUUGCUUCAGAAAUUCAAUGAAAAAGAAUUGGAAGCAAUACAGCAGAACAGUUAUUUAACUACUGCACAGGAUCUGGGGUUCAGGAGUGAAGACUUAAUAACAGAAAAGUGCUCCUUUCAACAGUCACCAGGCAGCAAAAUCAUCUUCUCUGAGGCAAAGCAACAAUUAGACAAUGAAGUGCUGACUCAGGUCUUGAAGAAAGAAUGUGACAUCUAUGCCCACCUGGUAAAAUCUCUACAGGACUCAGACAGUGUCAACAACCUGCAGGCUGAGUUGAGCAGCAUUUUGGCUCUUCGGAGGCAACUGGAACAGGAUGUGCUCUCCUAUCAGAAUUUGAAAAAAACGUUGGAGGAGCAGAUCAGUGAAUUUCAGAGGCGGGAAGAAGAGCCAUUUUCAUUUUAUAGUGAUCAAACGUCUUAUCUGAGUAUUUGCCUUGGAAAGCAAGACCAGUUUCCAGUGGAACAUUUUUCUCAAGAAGAACUGAAGAAAAAGGUCAGUGACCUUAUCCAUCUGGUGAAGGAACUGUAUGCAGACAACCAGCACCUGAAGAAGUCCAUUUUUGAUCUCUCUUGCAUGGGCUUCCAAGAUGACGACAGGCUUGGGUCUGCAGAAAAAUCAAAGCUUCUGGCUAGCAAGGAGGACAAGGACACGAUCAGAAUUGGAGAGGAUGACGAGAAUAAGUUCCUGAGUGACCGGUCUUUGGAGCAGAGUGACAAGAUAAUGGAGGACCAAUCCAAAGCGGGCUGCAAAAAUGGAUAUUUAAGGCACACAGAUUCCAGUAUUGUAAACCACGAGGGAAACCCCACGCCUGGCUGCCCUGGAGACCAGAGUCUAGAAGAAGGCGAGCUCCUCAGCCUGCUUGCCCCUUUCUUCAAUGAGAAGGCCGCGGUGUUACUGGAAUCCAGGCCAGACAUUCUGAAAGUGCUGCGUGAACUGCUUCUGGAACGACUGCGCAUGAUAGAGCAGAAAGUUUCUGGAGAACAACUUGAUGGUAAAGCUGACGAGUCAGUGGCUGUUGAGCUAAGAGGUAAACUGAGACAUUCCCUCCACGCUGGCUCAUUUUCUGAGCCACGUGAUGAACUGAAGUUGCCUUGUGGAGGCCAGCUACCAAAGGUGGGUGAGGCGUCCCGUGUGGAACUGAAGGAUGCCUCAGUGCAGACCGUGGCCACAGAGGGUGACACGCUGCCCUUCCAACACGUGGGCAGGAGAGAGGCUUGGGAGGAGAAAGCCCCGGACGCCGUGUUCAGCGCUGAGCAUCAGCCAGAGACAUCGAUCAGGAUGCUGGGGCGGCCGGCGGCUCCCUUUCCUUGCCCCAGUGGGACGAACAAAGAUGCAAAGAAGUCCCGCUUGCCCAUCCUUUUAAAACCAUCCCAGUCGUUAAGAAGUGUGUCUCAGCUCCCUGUCACGCAGAAGGUGGUGGUCCAGCUGCAGGGCCAGAUCUUGGAUCUGCAGGAGGAGCUGACAGAAUUGAAAAUUCGCAAUAAGCAACUUCACCAAAAGUUAAUUCUGGCUGAAGCAGUGAUGGAGGGAAGACCAACGCCAGACAAAAUGCUACUGAAUGCCCAGCCCUUUGUGGGAACAGCCUACCAGGAUGGCCCGGGAGAGCAGAAAGGAAGUAAAGCCACGCCCUGUGUCUGGACAGACAAGGAAAGGGAUAUUGAUCAGCAGACAAGCUCUGAGAUGGACUCUGAAAUUUACCAGCCUGAUGACCUUACCAUCUCAGCCACAUGUAAAGAGAAUCCUUCUGAAGAUUUCCUGGGCCCAGCUUCAGUCACUACUUUGUGUUCGAAGAGUCAGCUUUCCAGUCAAGCUAGUGAGAUUGAGACUGAUCGGCUUGAGAACAUCAAUACCUCAAAUGACAUAGGAAACUUAAAACAGAAAAUCUGUGACUUGGAAAUGGAACUGGAAGGCUACCGGAAUUUCCUAUUUCAGCUUCAAAAGCACUCCCAGUGCAGCGAGGCCAUUAUUACAGUACUGUGUGGGACGGAAGGGUCCAAGGAUGGCUUGAACAAACCCAAGGGCAGAACUGACAAGGAAGAAAUGACCUUUUCAAGUCUUCACCAAGUACGUUAUGUGAAACACAUGAAAAUCCUCCACCCGCUAGCCCCAGAGGUGAUUGAGGACAGGACGCCAGAGAGCCUUAAGCAACAGCUAGUAGACCAGAAAUGUGAGCUGCAGAAGGAGCAGAAUCUGAACAUGGAGCUUUUCAGUGAAAUCCAUAACCUGCAGAAUAAGUUCCAAGAUCUCUCACCCUCAAGAUACGAUUCAUUAGUUCAGUCCCAAGCCAGGGAGCUCUCCCUUCAACGACGGCAGAUUAAGGAUGGCCAUGGCCUCUGCGUCAUUUAUCGUCAGCAUGUGAACACCAUGAUGAAGGCGUUUGAGGAGUUGCUGCAGGCUAGCGACGUGGAUCACUGCGUGGCUGAGGGUUUCCAGGAGCAGCUGAAUCAGUGUUCUCAGCUGCUGGAGAAACUGGAGAAGCUCUUCCUCAGUGGAAAAUCAGUUGAAGUGGAAAUGAGCACCCAGAAUGAACUGGUAGACCGGAUUGAGGAAGACAACUUAACGUACCAGUAUAUUCUCCCCGAAUCUCCUGGGCCUUCCACCUUGCGUGCAUUGUCCGAUUAUGACAUGUCCGAAAAGUCGUCCUCACGAGACCAGAAGCCGGACAGUGAGAUGGAGAAGACUUCGGCGGUGGCCAGUGUGUUUUCUCAAGACUUACUAAUGGAACAUAUACAAGAAAUUCGAAGUUUGAGAAAACGUUUAGAAGAAUCUAUUAAAACAAAUGAGAAGCUACGGAGACAACUGGAACGGCAAGGUUCUGAAUUUGAUCAAGGGUCUACAAACGUCUUUGCUUAUGGCUCAGAACUGCAUAAUUCUCUGACAUCAGAAAUUCAUUUCCUGAGGAAGCAGAACCAGGCCCUUAAUACAAUGCUCGCUAAAGGAUCCAGAGAUAAACAGAAGGAGAAUGAAAAAUUACGAGAGUCUCUCUCCAGGAAGAUGGCAAACCUCGAGCAUCUUCAACAAGAAUAUGCCUGUGUAAGGGGAGAAAAUGAACGGUUGCAGAGGCAAGUGGGCGAGAAGGAGAAGCACAACCAGCAGCUGCUCAGCGAGGUCUGCCACAGCCGCGGCGAGCUGCGCAGGGUGCAGGAGGAGCUGAAGUCAAGGGAGCAGCUGCUCUGCCAGAACGACAAGCUGCUCCAGUCCCUGCGUGUGGAGCUGAAGGUGUACGAGAGGCUGCACGAGGAGCACAGGGGAGCACAAGAGGCCGGAGCAGAGGCGUCAGGAGAAGGCUGCAGGGGGCAGGACCCUUUCAGUGACCUGCACGACCUCCUUACAGAGAUCCAGGCUCUGCGGGCACAGCUGGAAAGGAGCAUCGAAACCAACAGCACGCUGCAGAGCAAGCUGGAGGAGCAGCUGGCACAGAGUGGGCAGAAGGCUCCAGAAGCAGUACUCACCCCGGAUCUCCAAGCCCUGUCCGUCUCCGAGCAGCCCCUUCAGCUAGACAAACAUGAUAGUGACAGCUGUCCUAUGGCAGUCGGUAGUUCCUAUGAUCUGUUCGACUCCACCCUGGCAAUGCCACCAAGAUCAGCUUCCAAGUCUCCUCAGCUCUCUGCAGAUGACAUGGACUCCCUCUCCUGUGACAGUGGCAGCUCAGCUGUUGGCACCCAAAGCAAGUCCCACAUGGUUCCUGCCCACCACCUGUGGGCCAGCACGAGUGGCCACCACAUCCUGGGCCUUAUUGAGGACUAUGAUGCCCUGUGCAAGCAGAUCGGCCAGGGCCAGAGGCUCCUUGCUGAGAUGGACACUCAGUUCCAAGAGGCUCCCAGCCCUACCAGUCGAGAGCUGGAAACAAAGGGCCCACGCUUGGCGCCCCUGAGCAGGCUGGUCACCAGCGUGCGCACAGUCAAGCUGAUCCUGGACGAGGCUGCGAGGUUACUAACGCUGCUCUGGAGGGCCUCCCUCCCCACCGAUGGCCAGUGCACACAUCACUGUGAACAGACUGGAGAAAUGAAGGCAGAGAUCACCAAACUACACAAAAAAUUGUUUGAACAGGAAAAGAAAUUGCAAAACACUGUGAGGCUCUUGCAUCUGAGCAAGCACCAGGAAAAAGUCAUCUUUGAUCAGUUGGUCGUGACCCACAAAAUCCUUCGCAAGGCCAGAGGAAACCUGGAGCUUAGGCCCGGGGGUGUGCAUGCCGGAGCAUCCAGUCCCAGCAGACCAGGCUCCUAGGAGAAUAGCAGCCAAUAAAGCCUGUGGUGCCCCAUCGACUGACUGGUUUUCACGCGCCCCCCACUGCUGGGAACAAAGGUCGCCCGAGGCCGUCUUUUUCCCCCUCAGUGUUUUCUUUCCCUGGUUUGGGUUGUUAUUAAACAAGUCUCUGUGCCUGGGUGUGAGGGGAUUUGGGCACCUGCAUCUUGCUCUGGGCAGUACCUGGAGCUGGGGACUCCUGGGCACCUUGGGGUGCCGUCACACCCACCCCGAUCUGCUUGGUGCCUCGCCAGCCCUGCAGGUGGAGGACUUGCAGAUCUUACAAGUUGGGGAUUACAUGGUUUGUCUGGCACCUCAAAGCCCAGGUCCUGAACUCCCAAGGAGUGGGACAGCUGGAAUCUCGGGAGUGGCCUGGCCCUCAGAUGGCACAUGAGCUCUCUGCUGACCCCAUUUAGGUGUCCAGAGAAGAACAUUCACGUGUUGUGGCUGGGGCACUGCUGCCUGCUCCUGGCUUGUGCUUGGCAACUAUGGUAAUAUCCCAGGGCAGUCCCCAAGUGGGUCCUGCAGGAAAAACCCACCAAGGCCCAUAGCGGAACUAGGUCCUGCAGUGUCCUGACAGUGGCGGUGGUGGUCUCCCCACUCUACAGUCCAUGUUGCGGUCUGGUGUGUCUGUUGCUGCCUUGUCACUGAUCGUCAUGUUCAGUUAUCCUCCACCUGUGCCCUGAGCUUUGUGACACCCUUGAGAAAUGAACAGGGUAGGGGGCACGUGGGCUCAGGACCGAUCUAGGGUUAUGGUGACAGACUAGAUGUGACGCCAACUGCUCAGCUCCCCUCUGCUCUCCUGCCUCAUGGCCCAUGCCCACUACCUCAGUGCCUCUGAGCAGGCGUCGGCCAGGAGACUGCCUCGUGUGCAGCCUGCUGCCAGGAGUGUCUCGUCACGACUCGGCUCCCCCCGUUCUUUCCCCACUUCUGCCAUCAUUCUGGGGAUUUGAGCAUCUGCUUGUUGACCCCCUGCGUUGCUCUCCCCUACAUUCCCUCCUCUGACACUUCGCCUGGUCUGUCUGCUUGGCUUGCUCCCUUGUCCCUCUGCUUUAACAAUGGUCCCUUUCCCUCCAUCCCUGUCCACAGUCUCCUUUCUCGUCUUCAGUUUCUUCUCCAGUUUUCUCAAGCCUUACUUCCUAUGCCUGACUCUUCUCCCCACCUUACAGCAGCAAGGUGUUGAGUGAACGCAGGCACCUGGCUAGGGCGCCGGCCAACCAGAGCACGUGUGGCUUCCGUUACCUCAUAUCCCAGCACCGGCCCCUGACGAAGUGCCAAGGACUCCAGGUCUGGCUCCCGCCGGCACUCUGUGCUCCCUCUCUCACCGCCACACACCCUGCUCAGCUCGCUGCUUCAGCCUGGCACGCCCUCUCUGAGAUGCCCCUCCCUCCCUUGCCUUUUCUAGCUUUGAAUGAGUCUUUUGAAAUCUUCCCCCUCCUUGGGCUUGGUGAACGGCCACUGCUCAGUCCAGUCCAGUCAUGGAACCUACCCAGAGUAGUGAUGACAGACCAAAUGGGGCGCCGACUGCUCAGCUCCCCCUCACUGGGGGUGGAGACUCCUGGCUGGUCUACAUCACCCCUGUAUUCACACGACAGCUGAGUGACUCAUCCAAGACCCUUAGCUCAUAUGUGAUAUGUCCUUCCAAACCCCAAAUUUCAUUCUCUGCUGCUGCUCCCGUGGCUCCCCAGACACUGCAAUGGUUUGAGGAGAGGUGCAUCAGCUGGAGGUGUGGGGUGAAGGAGAGGGCCUCAGCCUGCCACCGCCCCUGCCUGUUCCCAUCCAGUGAGUCAGUCAGUAAGGACCCUCCCUGCUUGGGUGUCUGUCAGCUCAUCUCUCUCCACGAGAAGCAUUUGCACAGGCACCUCUGUCCAUCCCAGGGUGGGAAAACUCAGAGUUAGGCAUAAAGUCCUGUGGCGGCACCUUUUUCAAGAAAUCACACGAUUGAGUUCUGGAAGGGAGGUCCAACUGGCAUACAAGCCUUCUCGGGGUGGUGGGAGCGGGGGUCUGGUUCCUAGUCCCAAGUCACGUGCUUCUGUUCUCAGUCUCUCCACCUGCAAAAGGGGCACUGCCCUUCUGCCCCCAAUCCAUAGCUGUGAGCCUAAAAAUUUGGAAGUAGCUCACAUAGACCCUUCCCAAAAGUCAGCAACUCUUCAUGCUUUUUCAGUAGCUGGGCUCCAAGUUUCUAAGCACCAGAUUCCCAUGCUGCCAUGCAGAAGGGACGCGUGGAGGGGUCUGGAGGGGAUUGGGGUAUGUAGAGUGAGUGAGUCAAAAAUCAGGCCUUUUAUGCUCUCCCGCCAUAGCAUCUAUGACCGGCAUCUGCAGUCUUGCACGUGCAUCUGUAAUUAUAGACACCUGGGCCCAGAGAGCACGGGGCAUGCGUAUAUGUAAACAGGGACAGACACCUGUGCCAGGGGGUGAAGGAUAAAGCCGGUGGUGGCAGGACAGUGAGGAAGACCACUCUGAGGUAAGACCAUGACACGACACGAAACAGAACGCCAAAGAGAGGCCAGAGAAAGCACAAAGAUUCUUGGGGGACUAGGAGGCUCAGUUGCCUGCCUCCCAGCACACCACCUGCCCAGCCCAUGCCUGCCUCCUUGUUGCCAGCAUCCCUACCUGGCAUGCCCAGGUGCCUGGUUCCCUGAGAGCAUUAAGGGCUGUAAAAUCCACUGAGGGCUCAGGGACUCUAUCCAUGUCCACCUGAGCCAGCAGUGAGCCUGCCUUGUGCUGGCACAAUUGGCAGGAUGGUUCGACGCAAGCGAGUAUGGGGUCCUCUGAAGACCUGAGGAGGGACUGAGGGGAGGUGGGCCACGAGCAUGUAGGGCUCGAUCACUGGCCUCUGUGGGUGCCUCCCCGGAAGUGGGACUCUGUGCACAGUGGGGAGGGUGGGAAAUGGACAUGGUGACUGCUCAGAGGCAGGGCCGGGGCAUGAGUGUUCCCUCACAGCUCGGCAGAUGAAGUUAAUGGGGGCUUUUUGUCCUCCCACAGCUAACAUGGGUGCCCACGACGAGGGGCGUGGGCACGGGACGUGCGCCUGUGAUUAUGGACACCUGGGCCCAAAGAGCACCGUGUGCGCAUGUGUAAAUGCCACACCUGUGCCUAGAGGAGAGGGAUUUGGUACUGAAAAGUGUCCCCUUACCCUCAUUUGGGUCCCUUAUGGCAAUGCUGGCACCCUGUGUGGAGCUCUGAAUGCACCCUGUCACCACAGUGGUAGCCAGCUUGGGCGAAGUUGAGAGCCGGUGCUCUCAGAAAGGAAUAAGGGUAGGUGCUGAACCACUGAAAAGAAUGCCAAAAAAGGCAAGCAAGACUUGUAAAGUCACAGAGUCUGUUAAAGCCGCCCAUGCCCAAAUGUGGGGGAGCUACUGAGAAUAGGUGUAGAUCGUGCUAAAAUACACACACGACCCAGUGCUCAUCUGUUAUGGGGACAAUUGAGAGAGGGCAGAGCUUCAUACCCACGAGAAGACAGACUGCUGUGAAGGGGAGGGUUGGGAACUCCAGGCUCCAGGUACAUGCCCUGUGACCCCGGCCUUGGGGAAGACCCUGUUCCCUUUUGACUAGGAUGAGGGCCAGGAACCCAUCUGUGGGGGAUAGGCAGGGACCAGAGGCCACAUGGGGAGCUUGGUCCCCAGCCAAUGUGCAAAUGGUUUUGGCCUUAGUGGACAUGGGGGCAGAGUGUAUUCUUAUAUGGCAACCCAGAGAAAUUUCAGGGGUCUGCUUGUUACAUUGGUGGCUAGGGAGUCUGGAGUGUCAAGGUGACAGCAGCGAGACUACCCCUGGGAAUUGGGCGACUACCCCCAAAGGAGUACAAAGUAUAUGUGUUGCCAAUCCCGGAGUGCAUCCUGUGGCUACAAACCAGAGUCAGAGUUUUGCCUUAGGCUACGUGUGGUGAAGGCCAUGUUGUGCAGACAUCUGAGCAUCUGGCCAUACAGCUGCCAGUCCCCAGGCGAGUGACCACUACUAAACAGUGUUGGUUACCAGAGGCCAUGAAGGGACUAUGGGCACAAUAGCCGAGUUGGUGAAAGUGGACAAUGCAUGCGCUGCCCAUAGUUCCUACAGUUCACCCACGUGGCCAGUGAGGAGGCCUGAUGUGUGUGUGAUGGUAGGUUGCUAUGUGUUGUAUAAGGUGGAUCCCCCGGCAUGCAGCAGUGCCUUCGGUGGCAGACUUGGAUCACCUGAGCCAGGAGCUGGGCACACAUCAUUUUGUAGUAGAUCUGGUUAACGUUUUCUUUUCCAUUGCUGAGGCACCAGUUAGCCUUCCCGGGGAAGGGCUGGCAAUGAACAUGUACUGAGCUUGCUGCAGACACUAAACGAGAGGGGCAGGAAAGGCAGCCUGGCUCCUGUGCAGGCCUUGAGACUUUUGUGUUGACUGUGUGGCCUAUUAUGGGCCUGCCUCUGGGUUGUAUUCUGUUGUGUUCAGUUGCAUUCUGUUACAGUUUGUAUUACUUUGGUGGGUUAUGGAGAUAGUGUUCCAUAUUUACCAAGUUUGUGCACCCGUAAUUUCGGACUCCUGGGCCCAGAGAGCACAGGCAUGUGCGUUUGUAACUAGGGACACCUGUGCUGCCCAAGGGGCUAGGGAUUAAAGGGCUGUGUCACUCUGGGGAGGGCUCAAGUUGCUGUCUCCCUGCCUAGUCUGUCUCCUGAUUCAACAUUAAAAGCCGGUAAACUCUACCAAAGCCUCCCAAGUUAUCUUUUCAUCUGUGAGAACUGACAGUGAACCUACCUGGCCUGGGAUGGUUGAAAAAUGGUACCUACAGUGGUUAGAGCUCAGGUUAGGCCUGGCCAUCAGAUGGGCCCGGACAUACCUGUGUGUGGUCAGUGCCACCUUUGUAGUGGGGAGUGUGUGGCUUGGCUGGGGUCAGGGCAAAGCUGGUAGGAAUGAACUCGGUCAUUGGCAAGGGCAUGAUCUGGAGGGGUGUUGUGGUGAGAUCCUUUUCUGAUACUGGCAGAUCUCAUGUCCUGCUGGGUGGUAAUGCCAGGUGUGGCCAGGGCAGGGCCUGCAGAGCAGGGGUUGGAGAUUCAUGUGCAUUUGCUUCAGGUCACCCAAGCUUUUCAGGAACACAGUAAUCCAGUGUAUUUUUAUCCCCUAGUUUAGAAUCGUGUAAAAUCUGCUCAACCUUGGGCUAGCGAAGACCUGCCCUCCUCUGGGAGGUGGAGAAGCAGACCAGUUUGUUUGGACUGGAUUAAGGCCAAGAACAAACUCUGCAAAUAAGGACAAUUUGGACCUUGGAAAAAGCUCCAUUGUCCCUGGCGAGUUAAUUUUACCAGCAGCUGAAUUCAGGAGGUGCUGAAGCAGUAAUCAGAAAAUGCGUCAAUUUCCUGUUGGUGAAAUUAAUCACCACAUGUGCCUGAGGAGCUGCACCUGAGGGAAACAGCUGCAGGGGCUAAAUAUAUAGCCAGAAGCCUGGGGAGCGGUCCAGGCCCUGCGCUCUCCCGGGCUCCUGUUCACCUGCCUUGGGAAGGACACCCUGAGCUCACCUCCCCAGGCCUAUCUGCCACUGGCCUGCCAUGAGCCCAUGGGCAAAAUCUGCCCCUUUUCAGGCAGCACAGGCCUGCGCUGCAAUAGCCACACUUUACAAAUUCUGAGAACGUGGUGGGGUAACUCCUGAGGAAGCAGCGAGCCAGGAUUUAAUCUGGGUCGGUCAAAACCUGUUCUCUAAAUUAUCCUGUCUCCCCGAGACGAAAUCCAUUCCCCACACUGCAGCCCUUCCCUGCAUUACUAACCCAGUGUUCUCACUCUGCCAUUUCCAACAAAAUGUCUCUGGCUGACCAGAGCAGCGGCCCAGAGACCCACAAUUGAAUUCCUCGGCACAUCAGCCCCAGAACCACUUGUAACUGGGACUGUGGAAGACGGAAGAGUGAUCUUGUUAAUAAGUUCUCAGCAUCGUGGAGGCAGAGAAAACUGCCCAGGGGCUCCUGACCCUGCCAAAUUGCCUCUUCAAUCUUGGCCAUAUUUUAAGUCUAACUCAAAAAUUCAAUUAUCAAAUUACUCAUCCCAUCUCGAGAAACACAGGGUCUCCACCUUAGGGGCCAGACUUGCUUACCUCUUACCAGAAAGGCCUUGCCAACUGGCUGCUGUGUGCCGGGCGUUGGCGGGUGGACCUGAGUCUUCCUAGGGUCUUGCCCUCAGGGCCCUAAUAGGAUUUCGUCUCAGUCUCCUCAUCUGCAGGAUUAUAAUGUGGAAAGAUAGAGAAUGGCUAACCGUGAGGCCCGAACAGUGGACAAAUCAUUGCGGUUUGCUUCUGCAUUCAUCUUGGGGUAGGUUUUCCUUCCAGUCAGCAUGCCUUUGACAUCUCUCCCUCCCUCUCUGCAUCCCACCCAUGACCAUCGCUACCCAUUGCAUCUCCAAGGCCAUUGCUUCCUUCAUCUCCAUUCAUCCAGGUGACCAUCAUCUCUCACCUGGACCCCAGGCUGCAGUGACUUUCCAGCUGGCCCCACAGCCACCCCUUCCCUCUCCAAAUGUCCCUAUACCAUGGCUGGAGUGACUCUUUUAAAAUGCAAAGCUGGUCAGAUUUUCUCCUUGCUUUGAAAUAUUGAAUGAUGCCCACUGCAAGACCUGUAGGCUGUGUCAGUCCCCUCGCUGCCUGUGCUUUCAGCUCUCAAUGCUGCAGCUGCACCUGUAGCCGCAGGACCUUUGCAUAUGCUGCCCCCUCCUCCACAGGCUCCCAGCCACUAUCCCAGCUUCUCUUGCUAGUGAUUCCUGUUGCCUCAGAGUAUUUUUCUUGGUCAGGAGCCCCUAUUAGACAUUGUCACACCUCAAUUCCCUUCACUGGCACUGACCCUUGUGACCUUGGAUGUGCAAGUAUGACUUCUUAGGUUAUGCCCUGUUACUAGCUAGCUGGCUGGAAAGGUGCAGACUCAGUGUGAUCGCCUUCCUACUGAGGCCCUGGUGCCUAGCACAGGGCAGCAAAUAUAUUCUCUCACUGAACAUCCCCAGAGCUUCUCCAUCUCCUGGAUGAAUUCAGACUGGUGGAGAGAAAGCAAUUCCCUAAAGGGGGAGAUUUGUUCAGGCUCCUGUGAGGCGGGCAAUCUUUCUAGCAUUAUCAUAUGACAGUCCCGUGGGAGAGUGCUGGGGCACAGAGGCCUGGGGCACGGGGCAACACCCAGCAUCACACAGGGGAGCUGGAUUCAAAAGGAGGCCCCUGCACUGUGCUGCUGGGAGCACAUUCAACAAGAGCUCAGGUGCUCUGGGUGGGCUGGAGUAUAACUGGGGGUGCUUCUGCUCGCAACCUGCUCAGAGGUUGUGACACUAGACCCAAAGCCCAGCCCUGGCCCGGCCAGCCUCUGCCUUUCCCUGGGCCUGGUCCCUUCACCCCCAGUGGGAGACGGAGCUGCGGCCGCCGGCUCAUCCCUCUUCAGCUCUGUCCUCACGUCUUCCCCGAGCCCCCUUGGCUCUGUCCAUUUGACCCGUCCGUGGGGAAGUGCUGUCCCGGCCUGGCCCCAGAGGGCAGCCCCUCCUGUCCUGGAUCUCCAUGUUAACACAACUGCGCGGUGGGUACCAGCCACCUUCCUCUCCUCUCAGCCGCCACAGUCACGCUGCUAACAGGCAGUCACGAGAGCUUAAUUACAGGUUUUCAGGUUUAAAAAGAGCCUCUAUUUGUGUUCAUGCUACUUUUUUCUUCCAAACAGAGCGACGUGUGGUCCCAGCCUGUUUGUGGCACUGGGUGGCAGGCAAGGGGAGAACGGGGCUCUCUGGCUUCUCCAGAAUGACUGGGUCAGAGUCACAGGCUUGGGGAGACCUGGUGACGAGACCUUGGAGUUGAAAGCCAAUGUCUGGGAA